UUAUAAUCUGGAUUAUGUAGCGUCGCUACAAUGCCGGCAAACUAAAUAGGAGCAAGCUACCCUACAAUCAUAGUAGUGGGUCGCGAUCUUUUCCGGCGGCGAUGAGCAUUGCGGUGAAGGAAAACGGUGGCUUGUUGCCAGAUAUUUGCAAUUUCUACAAGGACACUCAUCAGAACAAGAAGACAAAAGAAUGGAUUGAUCCUAUAUGCUGUGAUUUACAUGAGCAAAUGACAAUGGUGCGGGAUGAGUCUAUUGAGUCUGGAACACCGAUGACACAAGAGGAUAUAUCAAGAGUGGUGCUGGGGAAGAAGAAGGGAUACUUGAGAGGUUUUGGGGUCGGACCAAAGCCCUCGUCUUGUGAUGUUGGGUCGAAUGUGGCAUCACAAGCACGUGAGGAGCACUUGAAAAGGCUUACAUCCGAGUUGGAGAUACUGCGUGCGGAGCAGCAGAGUGACCGUGAGGAGCAGAAAAAAAAAGGAAGAGGAGCAGCAAAAAAAGGAAGAGGAGCAACAAAUGAAAGAGGCAGAGAAUGCAAGACAUCGUGAGGAGAUGCAGAUGCAGAUUUUUGGACUUCAGAGCACGUUGGCGCAAGU